AUGGAUGGGGAGACAGAAAAUGAGGUUAUGAAUAUCAGGAUGGUUUCAGCAGAGGCCUCCAAUGAGCAGGACAAUAUUUCUAUUAGGGUUAUUGGGAAUGGAGAGGAAGGUGUCCCGGCUGAGAUGGUUGCAUCAGAUCAUGAUGAAGAAAACUCUGAAAGCACUAAAGGGGCCCCUGUUGAAGAAGAAGGGGCCACACAUGAGCCAGAGGAGAACAAUGGAAACGAGUUCCCAGGUGUUGAUUACAUCACUACAAGGAAGGACUUGGAUGUGAAGAAGGAUGAAGUCAAGGAACAGCCAACAUCCCACGAGGAGAGUGUUAUUUUGGAAAUCGACAGCAACGUUGACCAUGAACCUCCCAGGCUGCAUCUCGAGGCCCCGGAGAGACACGGCAACAGUCCAACAAAGGAGGAAGACAAGGCUGACGAAGACGAAUCCAGAGAAGACAUCAGCUAUGAAGAGUCCACUCUGCUGCUCCAGGAGCUGUAUGAGGACAGAGAUAAAGCCCUCCAACAGCUCAGCCUGCUGCAGAUGAAGCUGGCAGAGUUCUUCAGCAAGAAGGCCGGGGACGACGUCCAGCUGGACGGGGACACACCGGUGUCAGAGCAGCUGCAGCGGUACGAGAAGAACAUUAACUUCCUGACCGACCUGAAGAAGCAGCUUGCCGCCGAUUUAGAGACGGCUCAGCAGCAGGCGGAGGAGCUGAGGUUUAAGUCCCAAGACAAGCUGGACAAGGUGGAAAACGAAUGGCGAGCUUUGGCUGCGCUGAAGCAGAAUGUAGCUGUGGCAGCACUGAGCCGAUGUCUGGGUAAACAAGCCGCUCGGGCCAAAGUGGAGGCAGCCUUUGCAACGGAGACGCAGCUGCAGCAAGAGCUGAUCAAAGUGCGCCUUAAGCAUAUCAAGCUGAGGAUCAGGACUCAGCGGCUGGUGGCAGAGCUCCAUGAGGAGGAAGGACAUGCCAGGGACCCCCUACAUCUCCAGUUUGAGAAGCUGCAGGCGGAGAAGCUGGAGCUGAGAAAACACACUGAAAAGCAAAACGAGGAAUCGUUUAAGAUGCAGAGAAAGAUCAGCAGCAGCUUGGAGCUCCUGUCAAACGUGAAGGAGAAGCUGUUCUGGAGCCAGAUGGAGGUCCAGGCCAAGCGAGAGCAGCUGGCCAAGGUGGAGGCCAUGGGGGCCAGGAAGAGGGACCUCCUGACCAGGACUAGGCGGACACGCAACGGCCUGCUGAGAGACAACCUGAAGCUGAGGGAGCACAGUGGACUGCUGGGGAACAGGGUCCUGCUGCGGGACUUUGAGGACACGGUGGAUGUCUCCGACCACCUGAAAGGACAACUUGAGGAUCUGAAGUCCCGACAAUCCGAGAUCGUCUUCAGUUGUGGCAGACAGAAGAAGAAGCUGGAGACAACUUCAUGAGUGAAUGAAUGAAUAACUGAAUUAACAUCUUAAAGUGAUCAGACUAUACAAUAUCAGCCUGAAAAAGUCACGUUAAUGAGCAUCUUUUUUGGUAGUUCUAUCUCUUAUAAUGUGUUUAACCAGAUAAAAUCUACUGAGAGAAAAUGUAUUUUGCAAUGAGGAUCAGCCCUAAAAGGCAGCAAAGUUUAAUGUUGACAUUGUUGAUUUCAUACAUAGGAUUGAACAAAAACAAAACAAUACAUAACAGAGUAAAAAUUAAAGUCCACUGAUGAACAACAUUUACACAGUAGUAGUAGUAAACAAGUGUUUGAUACAAAUAGACAAAAAGGCUACAUGGAAAGACAAAAUUGUCCUGCACAAAACUGUGCAGCUGUUUUCUUCUGUGUGUAUUGUUAUGCGCCAAACAUUAAGGGAAAUUACUUGUGUGUGAAAAGAAACCUACUUUGCUACAAACCUGAUUCUGACGUCUCCCUCUUUUUUCCCCACAAUACCUGACACUGGAACAAGACAAUGU